AUGUCUCAAAAUGAUAAAGGCGUGUUAGAGCCAGAGCGUGUUAGAGGCCACUUUGUCUCCAAGUUUGUGAACAAACUUUCGGGGCAACCAGAUUCCUACGUUAAUAGAGGUAAUUAUACUUUUGGGAAGACUUUAGGUGCCGGGACAUUUGGUGUUGUAAGGCAAGCCAGAAAAGUUUCUACUGAUGAGGAUGUAGCUGUUAAGAUCAUUCUUAAGAAAGCUUUGAAAGGCAAUGACAUCCAAUUGCAGAUGUUGUAUGAUGAGCUCUCUAUUUUGCAACAUUUAUCACAUCCCAAUAUCGUUGAAUUCAAAGAUUGGUUUGAAUCAAGAGAUAAAUUCUACAUCGUAACUCAAUUAGCUAUUGGUGGUGAAUUAUUUGACAGGAUUUUGUCAAAAGGUAAAUUCACUGAGUUGGAUGCAGUGAAAAUUGUUGUUCAAAUUUUAGGAGCAAUUGAAUAUAUGCACUCUCAAGACGUUGUCCACAGGGAUUUGAAACCCGAGAACGUUCUUUAUGUUGAUAAUAGUGAUAGUUCACCAAUUGUAAUUGCUGAUUUUGGUAUUGCAAAAAAAUUGAAAAAUAAAAAUGAUUUGAUCUUUAAAGCGGCAGGCUCUCUAGGUUACGUUGCACCUGAAGUAUUAACUGAAGGUGGACAUGGUAAGCCCUGUGACAUUUGGUCCCUAGGUGUCAUUACUUACACGUUACUUUGUGGUUAUUCUGCAUUUAUUGCAGAAACCGUGGAAGGCUUUCUUGAAGAAUGUACUAGGAGUAAAUUUCCAGUAAAAUUCCAUAAACCAUAUUGGGAUAAUAUUUCUGAUGAGGCUAAAAAUUUUAUUUUGAGGUCAUUAACAUUGAAUCCUGAUGAAAGGCCUACUGCAACUGAACUAUUAGAAGAUCCAUGGAUUACAAGUAAGGCAUUACACGAAAGAGUUACUACCAACAUCUUACCGGAUGUUAAGAAGGGAUUUGACUUACGUAAGAGGUUCCGUGAUGCAGUGGAAAUUGUUAAAUUGAACAACAGAAUACAGAGACUUAAAAACUUGUACGCUGAUGAGGAAAGUGAAUCAGAUCUCGAAGAAAAUCCAGUCAAUUAUCUCAAUCCUCUCGAUGCGGUAGGUGCAGUAGCGCAUGGUUUACAUGAGCUUACCAUGUCUUCGCACAAGAAAAUGGUGGAACUUACACAAGAGCAGCUGAAAUUAAAGUCAGCAUUAACUCAAGAUGCAUUUGCUCAGAUUGUCAAUGCUGCAACGAAAAAUAAACACAAAGUCCAAGGUUAUAAUAAUGGCGAAUCAUCACAGUAA